AUGGAGUUCAAUGAGUCGAAACAGGAGCAUGAGGCUCAGCGCUUUUCCCUAGAACAGCGGAUCCUGGAGCUCGAAGCCGGCCGCAUGGAGCGCUUUGUGAAGGCCGAGGACCACGCUGCACUGGCAGACGCGCGCGAUGAGAUCAAUCGGCGGCUGAGAGACUGCCAAGAUGAUCUGGAGCGCUCCCGCAGGGCCACGGCCGCAGCGGAGGAGCAGCUGACCGAGUCCCGGAAAGAGGUGGCGCGCCUGAGCCAGCUGCUGGAGGCGCUCGAGGCGUCCGGCGCGGGGGACACCUCCGCUAUGGCGCGCCGCGUCGACGGCGAUGACGACGACUACAUCGGCAAGGGCCCUGGUGGGCGGGGCGCCAAGGUGGCAGGAGGCCCCAAGCUCAAGGUCAACCUGGGGGAGAUCCGCCAGCAGCUGCAGCGGCAGCGUGGCCUGCGCUGA